AUGUCAUUGACAAUACAAUACAAAACAACACAAACUCCUAUUUUUAUUUUUAUUUUUUCAUCAAAUUUUGCCUUUAAAAGUGGCACAAGCCUAUUCCUCAAAGCCCCUCUUACACCUUCUCCUACCUUGUUCCACUACUUUUGUGUUUUACUACUUGUUUCUUAUCCCUAUCUCAGAAUAAUUUAUUAAAUUUGUUGCAUUAUUAUUUGAUCCUUGUAUGAUGAAAGUGGGAUUCGAGCUGGUUCAUGCAAAUUAUAAUCAAAACAUGAUUCGUCCACACAUGCAUGAAACAUGGGAUCACUACUCAAAUGCCCCAACCCCAGCAACAGAAAACCAGUGCCUAAAUUUGGGGCAGAAUGAAGUCUCUGAGUGGAUGGAGGAACACAUUGGUGACAUCACCAAACACCUUGUUGAAGAGCUAACAGAAACAACUUGUGAUAGCUUGUUGAAGACUUCCCAUGACAACUUUGUUCCCUCACUUUUACCCAACUUCAUUCUGCCCCAAAGCAACAAUGUGUGUGAUCAAGGGUUGAGCCUCAUAACCCUUCUAAUGGAGUGUGCAGUGGCAAUUUCAGUUGAGAACCUGGGUGAGGCUAAUAGGAUGUUACUAGAGCUAACACAAGUGGCCUCACCCUACAAAGCAUCAUGUGGUGAAAGAGUUGUUGCUUAUUUUGCCAAGGCCAUGAGUUGCAGGGUGAUGAAUUCAUGGCUUGGGGUGUGUUCACCUUUGGCUGAUCACAGAAACAUUAACUGGGCAUUCCAAGUGUUGAACAACGUUACCCCUUUCAUAAAAUUUGCACACUUCACUUCGAACCAGGCAAUCCUUGAGGCAGUGAACCAUUGUGACAGUAUUCACAUCAUUGACUUGGACAUCAUGCAAGGGCUGCAAUGGCCACCUUUUUUGCACAUAUUAGCGACCAGAAUGGAGGGUCCAGCACAGGUGAGCAUGACAUGCUUGGGAAGCUCAAUGGAAGUCCUGGUUGAAACUGGGAAACAACUCUCCAACUUUGCAAGAAGGCUUGGGAUAUCAUUCAAGUUCUACCCCAUUGCAAGCAAGUUUGGGGAAGUAAUUGAUGUGUCGAUGCUGCAUGUAAAGCCUGGCGAGGCAGUGGCAGUGCAUUGGUUGCAGCAUUCACUGUACGAUGCAACUGGACCUGAUUGGAAAACACUGAGACUCCUUGAGGAGUUGGAGCCAAGAAUCAUCACCUUGGUGGAGCAAGAUGUGAACCAUGGAGGCUCAUUCUUGGACCGUUUUGUGGGUUCCUUGCACUACUACUCCACCCUAUUUGAUUCUCUUGGAGCAUACUUGCACUUUGAUGAUGCUAACAGGCACCGAGUGGAGCAUGACCUUCUCUCUAGGGAAAUCAACAAUGUGUUGGCCAUAGGAGGCCCUAAGAGGAGUGGUGAAGACAAGUUUAGGCACUGGAGAAGAGAGCUUUCUACCCACUCUUUUCUUCAGCUUCCCAUGAGUGCCAAUUCAAUGGCUCAAGCUCACUUGAUAUUGAACAUGUUUUCACCAGCUUAUGGCUAUAGCCUUUCACAACUUGAUGGCACAUUACGGCUUGGAUGGAAGGAUACAAGUUUGUACACAGCUUCUGCAUGGACCUCUUCUGCAUCUAACUAGCUUCCUAUACCUUCUUCAAGCCCUCUUAUCUCUUCAUACUUUUAAACUACUACCUUCACUACCUGUAAAUCUACUUUCUUUGCUUUUUCUUCCAUUUUCUUCUCUCAUUGCCUUGCCAAUUUAACCACAUCACAAAACAUUACAAGUUAAUCUACUUUCUUUUCUCUUUCUGUGGUC